CAUGACUUGAACGUGGCUGAAUGAUUUUAGCGCUGCCUUGAAGAUAUUUUUGUUUUUCGUUCUACCGGGUACUCUCCCCUCCCUCUAAUUCUUCCACCCAUUCCCUCAGGCUGAUCCCAAUCUUUGACUAUUCACAAUGACCGAAGACCACAGGCCUAAACCUCCUCCAGGGGCCUCUGGAUUCAGAGAAGCAGCUGCUGGCGAAAGCUCGAACCAGCCCCGUAACGGAUUCCGUCAGACCCUGCGGAAACUUAAGAAGAAUGCGACCACAAAGAUUUCUAAACGCUUCAAAUGUGCUCGCCACCAAACCCCUGCUGUCCAGAACGAUGCUCAUCAAGGUGCCUCAUCGAAUCAGAAUAUUGAGGAUGAGUCGCGUCUGCAUCCUUCCGAUGAUAACAAGCCUGAGAAUCCCAGCGGCUGUUUAAACCAAGGAGCGCCCGAAGAACCUGUUUCGAAGGUUCAGGCUUCAUCUGGUGUGGAAGGGAUUCCUGAUUUCAAAUCAGUUGAUGCUAAACUUCAAGAUACCCGUGAGCAUGCGGGAAACAUGAGACUACUCGGGGGACAUGGCAAGUCUGUGGCAUCCGCAGCCGAGGAUGGUUCAAAAGAUCUCGAUGCUGCGGACGAUUUCCAGACUACAUAUCUUCAACCACUCAAAAAUUUUGACACUGUCAUUGAGAAUCUUGCGAAUGUACAUCCUUAUGCGAAGAUGGUGUUGGGUGUGCUGUCCGCUGCAUCCAAAAUUAUUCUCGCACAAACAAAACGCGACCAAUCGGUACAAUCUCUUCUCACGAAAUUAG